AUGCGUACAGGUAGUGUUAUGGAUAUCAAUUAAACAUACUCUCUUUCUCUACUCAUAAAUAAACGUCGAUUGGAUUAAAUAAGUCAGUUUGCAACCAAAUAUUGGAUUACGUGGACGACUAGUACGAAGGCUGUUUAAGAGAUAAUACCAUUGACCAGUACCUGAAGAAAAUAUUAAAAUGGCUCGCGCUUACGUUCUUCACGAAAAUCCUCUUUGGUUACCUCCUUUGGCAGAGGCGUUUGACCGCCAGGGAUUACCAUGGUCAGAGCUAUUUCUCGAUGUUGGUACCUUCGAUCUAUCGUCACCACCACCAGAGGGCGUAUUUUACAAUCGUAUGAGUGCAUCGUCACAUACGCGUAAUCAUCGUUACUCUGCUGAACUUACUGCCAGUGUACUUGCGUGGUUGAAGAGAUGGGGACGAAAAGUCGUUAACAGUCAAAAUGUUCUAGACUUGGAAAUAAGCAAAGUCCGGCAAUACGCUGAACUUGAACGUCUCGGCAUCAAAACUCCUCGUACAGUGUUCGUAUCUGGUCGCGAUCAGAUUGUCUCCGCCGCAAGGAAAUAUUUUGACGGUCAACCAUUCAUACUUAAACCGAAUAGGGGUGGAAGAGGCGAGGGUGUACAGUUGUUCAAAACAGUCGAAAGUCUGGCACAAUAUGUGGAAAGUGAUCAGUAUGAAACACCGAUAGAUGGUGUAGAGCUAUUACAGGAAUACAUAAUCGCACCCCGUACAUUUAUUACUCGAGCAGAGUUUAUUAAUGGUCGAUUUUUGUACGCAGUAGAAGUAGAUACAAGUGAUGGAUUCCAAUUAUGUCCAUGUGAGAAUACCCGUGAGAAUAAGCGUGAAAAGUUCAGAAUAAUCGAUGGGAUUCCGGAGCAACUAAAAACUCAGCUGGAGAGUUUUCUUGCUUCAACGGGAAUCAAUAUUGCUGGUAUCGAGUUCAUAACAGACGUUAAUGGUAAUCCUUUCGUAUACGACGUUAACACUAAUACCAACUACAAUGCGGAAGCUGAAGAACGUGCAGGACGUGCUGGUACAGAAAGAUCUGGUCCCGGUGCUGUAGCUGCAUAUCUAGGUGCGGAGUUGUAUCGAUUGUACAACGUAAAUUAAUGUUUAAGUUCCUUCGGAAAUGAAAUCGUAAAUUUAUUUAGUCUGUGUAAGAGUAAAGAGAUAACAAGCGAAGCUAAAUAAAUUCAAAAAUUAUCUAAAACACAAGACCAUUUUUAGUUUAGCGCUUGAAGAGCUACAAUUUACUUUUGCAAAAUGCCCAAUUGUCUGAAAAGCCAUUA